AUGAAAAAGUAUUUGGCGUGGAAUAGACCGGACCCAGCAAUUGCCUCGAGCCCGCCGCCUGCCAUCGCCUUUGACUUUCUGGCCCUGCGUGCCACCGGAACUGCCGACGUGCACCCCGUCAAGUCGGCGGUCGCACUGGAGUCGCAGUCAGCCGCGGCGGUCGCGGACUCUCCGCAUACCGCUCCCGAGUCUCCCGCCACGGGUAAUCCCAAAGAUUUGAACAAGGGAUUCGACGAGAAUGAGGCCUAUAAACUGAAACUGGCCAACUUCUUCCAGUCAGUUCAACAGAAUCAGGACAAUUCUGCCCAGAACGGGGCUAAUAACAUGGCUGCCGCUUUGCUUGCUGCUGCUCAGAAACAGCUGCAACCAUCUCAAUCUACUGCCACCAGCUACUUGUUAGCCGCCUUUAACAAUCAACAAGCGCAGCAGAACCAAUCCAGCACCCCCGUUCAGCUUGAUCCAAACAACGCUUCCAAUAGCCAACUUAACGCGGCUAUAGUCGCGGCCGCUUUGAAUCAGGCGAAGGUGACGAACAACGAUUCGACCACUGGCCAUGCGAUGACCGGUGCGCAAAUCUUGACCGCCUGCUCGACAAACAAAUCCAUGCACGCGCUAAGUGCAAACAAUGCGACCGCGUCGUCGCAAAAGCUCGCUGGCCUCAUGGGAGAAGCCAGCGGCCGCCACUCCACCCUCGAAAGCCACCCGACCCCGUCGCAACUCCCCCCGAACAGUCCAGCAGAUCAACUGAAUCAACGUCGGUUGAGCGCACUGGACGUGCUACACUACCAUCAACAGCAAGCUUCUACCUCACUCUCGGCCAAUCUCCAGUCCAGCCUCGCAAACUCAGGACUUGGAGGUGGACUGAGCUCAGGCCAAAACCUCAACCUCAACUCGAACAACCAAGGACUAGGUCUUUCAUCAGCCAACAACCUCUCCAUUGUCGCUGCUGCCUUCGCCAACCAACAAAACACGUCGCAACCCUCAGUGGCCGACAUUUAUGCCGCCGCCAACACUGCGGUUCAACUACAACAGCAACGUCCAGAGUGCAAUCAAAACGCUUGCUCUUCCAACGGCAGUCCCGGAUUCAGCAACAACAAUCUCAACGAAGCGAUUGUUGCGGCUGCCGCAGCCGCUGCUCAAGCCAACUCUUUGCAGCAGAUGGUCCAGAACUCUCCCUUGGGUCUACAGCAACCACUAAGUCCAGCAACUCAGGGUCAACAACAGAGUCAGGGACUUAUGGGGCAGAAUAACAACAAUGGAGUGGCCGCGUUGUAUCCCCAGCUGAUUCAGUCGCUAAACAAUUGGCCGAGCACGGCUGCCGCUGUUCUGCUUGAUCGAUUAGGACCUCAAAUCCUAAAGUCCAAUAUGCCUCAAACCCAGAAGCCGAUUCCGAACUUUGAACAGGUUGACUUGGCCAAGUUCAAGCUGAAAGAGCCCAGUGAAUGGUCGAUGGACGAUGUGAUUGCAUGGUUGUUGGAUGUGGCAAAGAGAAAUAGUAUUCCUGCUGAAGAUCUCAGUACUCAAUUUGCCCGAUGCACAGGAGCCCAACUCCUUCAAAUGAAUGAACAUCAGUUUUGCGAAAGAGAUAAAAACUACGGAUCCCUGUUGUAUUCAGAAUUCAGGAAGCUGAUAAAAGGUAAAAUUUACAAAAUACGUUUCCACGAAAUGCUGUUUCAAAUUAAUCAACACUUUUCAGAUGAUCAAUGUACACUGGAUGACUGGAUCCGCAACCACAAUGACACUGAUGCCGGCGCUUCGACUAGUCGGAUGUCUCAAGCUCAGAACAACGCGUUGAACAGUUUGUUAUACGCAAAUUCUCCUCUGAGUCCGUUGAGUCAGCAGAUUCAGAAGCACAACAGUUUGAUGUCUCUGCAUUCGCCAGUUUCUGCGCUGCAACAGCAGCAGAAACAGCAGAACGAAGCUACCCUACAGGUGAGAAAAAGGAGUCUAAUCGUUCUAGUCAUCAAAAGUCAUCAAAGAUCACAGUCAUUUCAUCAGUCUGUCGGGAAAAUACUAAUCACUGCGAUGCGUCAAAAAUUGCAUCGCAGUCGAAAAAACAAAUUGUGUUGCGGGAAAAUCAAAUUGCUUUCCACUUCAGCAACGCGAUCUGUGCAGCGACAGAGUGAUUAUUAUUCUCCCGACAGACUGGUAUGUACUACUUACUUGAUCUCCAUCUUUUGCACGAAUAACGUCCGAAUAUUUAUGACCCUCCUAUUCGAAUACAAUUAUUUUUUGCAAAAUACAACCCCUUUUUUCGGGAAUUUGUUCCUCGUUCCAAUACAAUCGCCAUCUUUGAGCAGCGACCUACAAAAAGGGAAUUGAUUGCGAAAAACAGAGGUUCCAAAUGCGGAAGUUUGGCGUGAUAGGCGGCGUGAAUCACGUUCAUCUCUUUUUAAUUUAAAUUCACUUCCUUUUCUCUUACCACUUCCGCCUUGCUUAUCAAGGUUGGAGAAGGUGGCAGGGGUCGUUGAAAUGUCAUUUAUAUAAGUCUUGAACAGACAGAAGUUCGUUCAUUUAUUUGAUAGCAUAUGCAGCUAGUGUACCUUAAGUUGAGGUAUUCAGAUAAUCCGCGUGAUACGAACUUUUAUUACUGUUUUAAGUCACUUUGACGUCUAGAAGGAGGGCAUCGAUUGCACCGCGCUCGUUUGUCUGGUCUUUAAUGUUUUCAGUAAGCAGUCCUUCUGUGUGCUUAGUUGGCGGAUCCAACUUUGAGUUUAGACUUUAGAUUUUUCCCGUUGCACUUUUCUCUUUUCGAUUAAAUCUGCGGAUCUUUAAAAGUCGCAGACAGCUUACUGAUCCGGGGUUGCUGAUUUUAUGGUCGAGGGGGGUCGUAGCGGUUUUUGUUUUGGGCGCAUCAUUGAAGCGAGGGGGCUAUCAGUUGCUCGACUUGCAGCGUCGCCUCGAGAAGGAAUUGGGGCGGAUGUGGCGGGGUAUAUUAAUGUUAGUGUUAGCGGAUCCCUGUUUUUCCUUAUCUCUCUUUCGCACGGUUGGCGGAAGUUGGGAAGCAAAUGAAAGGAAUUUUGUGGCGUUUCCUUAGCUGCUCGGGUUUGUUACAUCGAUAUUCUAGUCUUGCUUUAGUUUAAGGAAGUGAAUCCAAACAAAUGCAGGGAACUCUGUGCACCCUCGAGGUGAUUGAGAAGGCCAAACUUUGCGAAUUGGUUUAUAUGGUAAGCGGGAAAAUGCGGACAGUUCUAGGAGCUUCUCCAAGCUAACCUCUACUUCUAACUUCCUUGUCUCUCCUUAUUGCUUUAUUAUAUUUCUUAUUUAUCGUUUACAUUCCAGAGUUUCUACGCCACUCACCCUCACCUAGCACAACAAGCUGCCUCGAAUUCUAUGAGCCAAUUGCAAUCACAGCAACGACUCCAACAACAUCAUCAGCAGGUUCUCCAACAACAGCAACAGCAGCAGAUCCUGAGGAAUAUCCAAUCGCAGCACUCUCCCAAUAUGAAUUUUGGACAACAUCUUGCACCACCAAUGUCUAAUGGAUACGAGAGUUCCAGUAAGUUUUUUAAACAACUGAAGAAACAAAACCACUCUUUUGAUGAACGUUGGUUACAUUCACUUUUGAUUUUACAAUUAAAAUCAAUUGUUGAGCUCUUACUGAUGUUGUACUGCAGAACAUUGACUUAAUUUAAUCUCUUCAGGCACACUUGAUGAUUAUCCGAAAGUCCGGAAGAACAAGGAUGGACGGCCACGGAAACGUUCUCAACAUACGAAGGGAAAUAAAUUGUGGGAAUUUAUUCGAGACGCCCUUAAAGAUCCCAGUACUUGUCCUACAAUUGUGAGAUGGGAAGAUCCAGAACAAGGGGUGUUCAGAAUUGUGGAAUCAGAGAAAUUGGCGAGGCUAUGGGGAGAGAAGAAGAACAAUCAGAAGAUGACUUACGAGAAGUUGAGUAGAGCGAUGAGGUGAGGCCUUAACAAUUUUUGUUGAUUCUUAGGACCAGUAGCUUUUUUUGGAUGUUUUACAUUGCCAUUUCGGCAUUAAAAUGAUUCUCAAUUAUGUCCUAUAAGGUCUGAUCGCCUAAUUUUUUGUAGAACCUACUACGAGAAGCAGAUCCUCGUCCCCGUCCCCAAGACCGGGCUCUAUCCCAAGAAACUAGUCUACAAAUUUGGCCCCGGUGCACAUGGCUGGACUGCCCUUCCUCAUCUGGCUCAGGCCUGUCUCCGCCUUCAACAACAUGAGUGA